CUCAUAAAAAAGUUGGAGUGUCCCCCAAAUUCGAUACUCGAUUCAUUGAGGUUUCUACAUUUCUUUCCAAACCAUUGCAUAUACUUCUUUUGUAAUUGACCACUUUUUUCUGGUAUUCGGGACGUUAUAAAUCAGAUAGGUUUACAAGGAGAGGAAAGUUCAUUGAUUCAUAAAGAUUACUUGGACUGUGUUCAUCGUGUUCCCAAAUAUGCCUUCUACGACGGAAUCUUUCCCGCAGCUGGUAUCGUCAGCGAAGCAGGACAAAUUGACACCGCUCAAUGCGCCGAGCAGUAUUGAAACGCCGAGAAUAAGACGACGUUCUAGUGGAUUAGGUGGUGAAAUUAGAGCUGGAGAUACUGGUGCGCCGGCUUUUGCUACAGUCGAUGUUAGACCACCCUCGCCCGGGACAAUUAAGGCACAGGCAGAUAGAGAUCGAAAGAAACCAUACUCGAAAAGGCGGAAAGCAAAGACACUAUUGCAACAAUAUAAAAGAUAUGCAUUGAAGCAUACUUGGGUGACACCUCUAGCUAUUAUCGCAGCUGUCCUCUCUUUAUACGCCAUCAAUCCUUCGAAAUCCAAUCCCCUACACUACUUCAUUUUCCCAGCUUACGAACUUCCUCGAGAGGAAGGGUCGGACCCAGGAGCACCAGUUCAAUAUGGCAAAGGACCGUGGGAUUUCGCUUUGGUUUCUUUCUACAUUGUCGUUUUAUCCUUCACUCGCGAAUUCAUCAUGCAGAAAUUCCUAAGACCGUUGGCUCGCAAGAGUGGAUUGAAGAGUAGGGCUAAACAAUCAAGAUUCAUGGAACAAAUGUACACUGCGAUCUAUUUUGGGUUCCUCGGUCCUUGUGGUUUAUACGUCAUGAGUCGAACCCCGGUUUGGUAUUUCAAUACACAUGGCAUGUAUGAGGGGUUCCCGCACAAGACACACGAGGGAAUAUUUAAAUUCUAUUACUUGUUCCAGGCUGCAUACUGGGCGCAACAGGCUCUAGUUUUAUGCUUGGGUUUGGAGAAGCCUAGAAAGGAUUAUAGGGAAUUGGUUGGACAUCACAUUGUGUCUUUGUUCCUUAUUGGGUUGAGCUACCGUUUUCAUUUCACAUAUAUGGGUUUGGCUGUUUAUGUCACUCAUGAUAUCAGUGAUUUCUUCCUGGCGACAUCCAAAACUCUCAAUUACUUAGAUCACCCUCUUGUAGGACCUUAUUUCGCAUUCUUCAUUGCUGCUUGGGUCUACCUCCGACAUUACCUCAACCUCAGAAUUCUCUACUCGGAGUUCAAUGAAUUCAAGACUGUCGGCCCCUAUGAAUUGAACUGGGAAACCGAACAAUAUAAAUGUGAUCUCUCACACGUCAUCUCCACCGCUCUUCUCGCUAGUUUACAAGCUCUCAAUCUUUUCUGGCUCUUUUAUAUUCUGCGUAUCGCCUACAGAUUCGUUUUCAUGAGUAUAGUAGAAGAUGACAGAUCGGACAAUGAUGAGAAUGAAUUGGCAGAAGAAAUGAGAUUAGAUGCAUUGGCAAAAGAGGGGCUUGAUGCCGUGGCUGCUAAGAAGGUCUUAGGAGAGACCCCUCAACCAAAGAUUAAGCUGAAUGGAAAUUCUAUUAAUGGGAGGGGUACCGGGGUGGAAUUGAAGACGGAUGGAGUUACAAAUAGGAAAGAAAAUGUUAGGUUGGAUUCUUGAGGUGGAUUGGAGGGUGGUGUUGGAAGAGGAUAUGAUUUGACCAGAGUAGGAGAAAUACGGGUUCUGGAACCAAAAAUUGGGCCAAGCUGGAGGAAACUGAGGAUAGGUGGAAAUGGUCGAAUCGAUAAAGUCGAACAUCCAUGGGAGUCUCAUCUCAGGGCUGUAGACUUGGAGGAAAAAAUAUGAUAUGAGUAUACGAUACUCAUGAUAAAUGCUAACGUUCAACUACCACGCAAAUGGAUCCAUAACCAAUCUCUACGGUGGUACAUGGUCGCUUAUGAGUAUAGGCGGUGGCAGGGGCUUAUGUAUAUAUUAGCUACUGAAUGACUUAUCGCUGUAUGGGAUAUUUUCGUGCAUACAAUCGCUUUUUGGGAGAACUUCUUGUAUUUUUUUAUUUUUUUAUUUUUCUAUCUUCUUUUUGGGUUUUGGAU